AUGGAAAAUAUUAUCAAGAUGUUCGUCAGUGGCAGUUCAGCUGAAGGACAAUCAUAUGCCAAUCAUUUUCGUCACGAUAACCAGCUUCAAGAUUUUGACUUCAUGCUAGAAGUAUGUGCCUUAAACUCCAAUGAUCAGUUAGUUCUAAUUAACAAUGCCCCGGGUUUCGUGUUGGUGAAGUGGUCGUCUGAAAAUGUGACCAAAGAUUUGCCGCAUAACAGUCAAUUCGUUGAUGGUUUUCGCAUGAAACAACAAUUUGCCGAUCACUACAUAUCCUCUGUAAAUGCAAGCCCUCUCCUCGCAAGCCAGUUUAACACAACGACAGGCACAGCCAGUAUAGAAGCAACUAUUCAAAGUGAUCUGAUACACCAAGCUACAAAAUUUCAUAAUGCUCUUAAAUAUGUCGAAACACUUCAAUCCGAUGAGAACAAGAAGAAAAAAUUUAUUGAAUAUCACGAAUGGUGCGAAGAUAAUAUCUCAAAUAUUUUCGAUAAAUGUUUACCAGAAUUACCUAUGUACGAUUAUUUUGGUAAAAAUUACGUCUCAGACUGUUUCUGUAUGGUGAGCCCAGCUUUUGGAUUUCAAUUAUCAGCUGAGCAUCGUAAACGCGCAGAAUCGGUGUUAAAUUUUUAUCUUAAAUACCGACAUUCCUAUUGCAUAUCGCAGCAGAUUUACAAAUAUCUUCAAAAAUCUAGUUGCUUAGACACGCGACCUGUCGAUGCGGACCUGGUNCCUUCCGAAUUUGAAACUCCACUGUUAAGUUCGCUCAUAGAAGAUCUCUCUGCGACUUAUAAAAUCGAUUUGGCAAAUAAUCGACAGACGAAUACAAGAACGUCACAUUCACGACUGAUUGCACGACGAUUGACACAUACAUCAUCAGAUAAUCGACAUUGGUUCUAUUUCGACAACGAUAUUGGUUGGAUACGGUACGAGCAACAAGCAGAAAAUCAAAUUGAGCAAGCAUUUCAAUGUUAUCGUUCUGGUCAAGGAUCCUUUACUGUAGAUAUUCGCCUUCCUGGUCGAUCCGAUACACACCAAUUUAAUUUCUUAAAAGGCCAACAACGAAUCAAAUCUACCACCAUGACAGCGAAUAUCAAACGUGAAUGA